CUGACGGGCGGCGGCGGCGGGCAACGGUAUUCAAGAAAUCAGUCCUUAGCAAGCGCGUAGUUGCGUGCGUAGCUCAUUCGUACGGGCGCACUCGGUCGGCAAACGAUCAGUCGAUAGCGCGACCUUAACCGCUAUGGGUCGUUCGCUGCACUCUUUUACCGCGUACGCGCGUCCCUAUUUAAAUCCGAACAGCCGCUACGCCACCACCGGUUGUCCCUUUUCGAAACGUCAACGUUCCCAAGUAGCCCCAACCGCGGCUCUCAAUGAUGAAAUCUUCGCAAACGCCAAACCCUACUCCGAAGUCCCCGGACCCAAGCCAAUACCAAUUUUGGGUAAUACGUGGCGAAUGGUUCCUAUUAUCGGGCAGUUUGACAUAUCAGAAUUUGCGAAAGUGACAAAAAUGUUUCUGGAGCAGUACGGCAGGAUUGUAAGAUUGGGUGGUUUGAUCGGAAGACCGGAUCUUCUGUUCGUGUAUGAUGCUGAUGAGAUCGAGAGGAUGUACCGGCGCGAAGGACCAACUCCAUUCCGACCGGCUAUGCCUUGCCUCGUCAAGUACAAGUCUGAAGUUCGUAAAGAUUUCUUCGGAGAAUUACCUGGUGUAGUUGGAGUACAUGGAGAACAGUGGAGAAGGUUUCGUUCGAAAGUGCAGCGUCCGAUACUGCAACCGCAGACGGUGAAGAAGUACGUGGCUCCUAUUGAACUGGUUACAGAAGACUUCAUCAAAUACAUGGAGGAUGCGAGGGAUGCUAACGGAGAUCUACCGCAUGAGUUCGAUAAUGACAUACAUCGGUGGUCUCUUGAGUGCAUUGGCCGGGUUGCUUUAGAUGUCAGACUGGGGUGUCUAUCGCCGAAGCUUACCAAAGACUCUGAACCGCAGAGGAUUAUUGAUGCGGCAAAGUUUGCGUUGAGAAACGUUGCCGUGCUGGAACUUAAGGCGCCUUACUGGCGAUACUUUCCGACGCCUCUCUGGACAAAAUACGUCAACAAUAUGAAUUUCUUCAUAGAUCUAUGUAGCCGGUACAUAAACGAGGCGUUAGAACGACUUAAGACAAAGAAAGUGACGUCGGAGAAUGAACUUUCAUUGCUUGAACGCGUCUUACGUAGCGAGGGUGAUCCAAAGAUUGCAACCAUAAUGGCGUUGGACCUUAUUCUUGUUGGAAUUGACACGAUUUCAAUGGCAGUGUGUUCCAUUCUUUACCAAGCAGCGACAAGAGUGAAACAGCAAGAGAAAAUGGCGGAGGAAAUAAGAAGAGUAUUACCCGAUCCAAGCCAGCCCUUGACUUAUUCUGAUCUUGAUAAACUGCAUUACACAAAGGCUUUUGUAAGAGAAGUUUUUAGGAUGUAUUCGACAGUGAUUGGCAAUGGAAGAACAUUACAGGAAGAUGAUGUGAUUUGCGGAUACCAUAUCCCUAAGGGCGUUCAAGUGGUGUUCCCAACGAUAGUGACGGGUAACAUGGAGCAGUUCGUGGCGAAUCCUGAGGAGUUCAGACCUGAACGCUGGCUGCAGAGCGAUGAGAGGCUGCACUCCUUCGCCUCGCUGCCCUAUGGUUUCGGAGCAAGGAUCUGCUUGGGCAGACGGUUCGCGGAUCUAGAGAUACAAGUGUUACUGGCUAAGUUGCUACGUCGUUAUCGACUGGAAUACCACCACGAGCCCCUGGAGUACGCGGUCACCUUCAUGUACGCGCCUGAUGGACCGCUGCGACUGAGAAUGCUGCCGCGAAAUGAAUGAUGAAUCAGUGAACGAUUCAAUGAAUGUACUCAAUUAUUACGCAUAAUUCUCUAAUAAGAAAUUUAAUUUUAUGUACAUUUUUUUAGAAGUGAGGC